AUAGGUAACUAUAGACUACUCCGAACUUUAGGCAAAGGAACGUACGCCAAAGUGAAACUCGCUGAACAUUGGCCAACUGGAAUUGAAGUGGCCGUGAAAAUAAUCGACAAGCAACGAACACGGCCAAGCGAUUUGGAAAAAAUCUAUCGAGAAAUAAAAAUUCACAAGUUUCUGAAACACCCGAACAUUGUGCAAAUAUACGAAGUGAUUGAAACAGCCAACCACAUCUUCAUCGUGUUGGAGCUGGCGAAGCGAGGUUGCGAAAUUUUUGACUACAUCGUAUCCAAAAAAAGGUUGACAGAAACUGAUGCAAGAGAUAAGUUCAGACAACUUUUGUCCGCUGUUGCUUACCUCCACACGAACAAAAUUGUUCAUCGAGACUUGAAAGUGGAAAACCUUUUGUUAGAUGGUGACAAUAAUAUAAAGCUGUGUGAUUUUGGAUUCUGUAAUUAUUACGAUGCCAGCAGCUUUUUGGACACUUUUUGUGGCAGUCCACCAUACGCCGCUCCAGAACUUUUCAAGGGAGAGAAAUACAUUGGCCCAGAAGUUGAUGUUUGGAGUCUGGGAGUCAUUCUUUUCACUUUGCUGACAGGUUCACUGCCAUUUGAUGGGAAAACUCUACCAGAGCUGAAACAAAAAGUUUUGCAAGGAACUUUUAAAUCACCAGAUUAUGUUUCGGUUCGGAGUGAAUUGUUUUUAAGAAAAUUUCUUAAAAGAAAUCCGAACGAUAGAUUGCAUUUGGAACAAGCACUGCGAGAUGAUUGGGUGAGCAUGGGUUACAGCUGUGCACCAACCUACAGGCCGACAAGUGCCACACUGGAUGUCAAUCAGACUGUUUUGGAGAGAAUGAUAGGCAUGGGAUUUCCGGGCACAGAAAUUAUCGAAUCAAUAGAAAAUAAAAAAUUCAACAGCUUUCACGGAACAUACAACAUUUUGUGCAAUAAAGUUUGCAAUAGUGAGGUAGAUGAAUAA